GUAAUAUUCAUAUAAUUUAUGUUGUAAAAUAAUAUUGUAAACUUGUAAUAUAAAGUGCUUUCAUUGAUGGUGUGGGUGAGUGGGUGAGAUGAGAUUGCAUAAUUGGCAACCGGCUCCAAACACCAACUACAUACGAUUGUUUAAUAUUCCGUAUGUAAAGUUUUGCUCCUCAAUUUAUCCCACACCGGUUGCAAGAAUAGUUCACCCUCCUGAGUGUCCUAUAUAUAAAUCACUUCUUGGUGCAAUCACAGCAAGCUCUGUUAUUACACAUCGGGAUCAUUUGCUCCCAUGACUAUGGGCUUUAAACAAAGUUUGGACAGCCUUUUGCUUUUAGAGCUUCUUAGAACACUUCCUUAUUGACUUGGGCUGGGCUGAGUAUUAAUUUUUGGGUGAGCUGAAAAUUAAAUCUCUUUCUAUACUAACAAAAAAAAUUGAGUUGGGCUGGGCUAGAGCCCACUCUAGGCCCUACAUAGAUCCGCCCAUGGUAAUGGCCAAUAUUAGAGCAUCUUUAAUGGGAGUAUCAAUUGCUCUAAAUGCAUUGCCACGUCAAACAUCCGGAAAAAAAAUAUCUCCAACGCAAAUGUACAUUUUAUCUAUGGUGCUGACCUGUAAUUCCAAACAAUGGACGGUGUGUAUCUCGCUUUCUAGCUAUAGCAGGUCUAUCUCACAUGCUGACUCAGCAUGGCAUUUAUUAUACGGAAUAAUACUCCGCACAUAAUUCUUCAUUAGCUCUAGCUUCUCGUUCCCUUCCGGCAACAAACCUCCCCACCACAGGAGUGCCACCAACUCGCAAGUCGCAAACCCUUGUCCUCAGUGGCAUUCCUCCUUAAGGCGGCAGCAACCGGCAGCCUUUUGUUGUCUCCGGCAAUCAUUUCUCCGACUCUCCCAACUUCCAAAACGGAGAUGGCCUUCCCUUCCAUUUUCCAAAGCUCGAACACUCUCUCUGGCCUCUUUCGAUGUUGUUGGAUAUCUUCCCUUUCAUCUCCACCGCAUCAGCUUUCUCUGCAAAGGAUAUCAUUUUGGCUCCAGCCUCAAUUAAUUACCUUAGGAGUUGCAAACUUGCAAUUGGGGGCCACCAGGACUUCUUUCUUGUAGCAGAUGCCAAAAGCUCAUUGAACUGGAAUAAACUUCAGCAGAGGACUCCAUCAGUCCAUUGGAGAUGAAAAAUGAAUUUAAGUGUCUGGGCGGCCACGUUAGCUACACAGGAUGUUGACACGGAUGACGUGUCCAUUUUUUUGUAAGGGCAAUUAACAUCUCCAUUGGAGAUGCUCUUAAAACUAAGAUUGCCAUUUUCAAUCGAUUUGGCUGAAAUUCUCCUCCUGUCUACGCCUCUACUCAUAUAUCAUAGAUAAUAAGGUGCCCAGCAGUACUGUUUUUGGAGUAUUUAUUAAUUAAGUUUUUUUGUAGUUUGAAUUUCAUCAAACAACUAUUGGCAUUUUGGUUGUUUUUGGAGUAAUUAUUAAUUAAGAUUUUUUGGUUGUUUCAAAAAAUCGACACUCCCCAUCGGCGCAGCUAGGGCUUCUCUCGCCCUCGUCUGCGGAAGUUUCGGGGCCGGCGAGUUGCUUUUGCUCGGCGAUUUGGAAUAGGUGCAGCAGAGUUUUCAACUCCAAAAUCGUGUCGGGCCUAAGCGACGAUUGGCUGAUCGACGGCCAGCUUCUCUUCUAGCUAUUCGAUCGAUUUUUGGCUAGUUUUCUGCUUCGUUGGUGGGCUGCUUCGUCAGCCCAGGGGAGCAGUUCCGUUUGGUCAAAGUCGGAAGGGGAAGAUGGAGGCCAUGGAGGAACGAGGACACAGAAGAUUGAUGUGGAUAGGGAUGUGGAGGCGGCUCGCUUUCGGAUUGGUUGUGUUCGUGCAAUCUUUUGGUCAAGAGAUGGAGGCGACUCAUGGGCAUAUCCAAGUGAAGAAGGAAGAAUAUGAAGUGAUGGAAACUCAUCCCCCUCCGGACUUGCCGCCAUGGAGGAACUGUACGACUAGAGUUUGGAAGACUGUUUUACCAUUUCUAGUCUUUUACUUUCAGUCUAGUCUAUUUUAUCAUUUCUAUUUUGUUUCUACUAUGACAAACAAUAAGCGGGGUAGGCGGGUGUUCUGUUUUGCUUUAGUUGAUAGAUUACUAGUUGGAGGCAAUCAGGUUGAUACAGCCGCUAAUAGCCUAUAUGCUCUCACAGCUUCAGCGAUUAGUCUCGCUGUUUUUAGGGUGGACUAUUCUAUGUCUGGUCAUGAUGUGAGGAGGCCGAUGGGGUUUGGUUUUGAUUGGAUAGAGGGGGAUUUAGUUCUUGGGGUUUGUUAUUGGUUUGGUUCAUUUGAUUUAAUAUAAGUUAUUUUCCUUUCAAAAAAACUACUUGCUCAUUAUCCACAUAAAUAAAGGUGGCAAAUAAUACUACUUUUAUUUUAUUUCAUUUUAAAAAAAUAAUGUGAAUACAAC